UGCAAUCUUUGGCACAACCGCAAAAUCCCAUCAACGCAUCAAGGCAGCAGACAUGGCAUCGCUGAAGAAAGUGAGCACCCUCGGGAAGCGCAAGAAGUCCAUUGAUGCGGAAGACGUAAAGAAAAUUGAGGACAAGGAUCUUUUUGACCCCAAGAGCGUGUACGUGUCGCUGACGUCGCACGCAGAGACGUUCGGGGUGGAACCUGUUCGCGUCAAGUGGGGCCGUGCGAUCCCCGACAUUCGAGGACCGAUUAUUGGGACGAACCGCCACGACAAGUACCGCAACGCCAUCGGCGCUCAUGGCGGGUCGUAUUGCGUCUACCGCGGCUUGGCGGUUGCUUCUGGGGCGCUGGACAAGACUUCGAAUCCCGAUUUGUCCAAGACGACCCCCGCCGCCAAGAUUGGACCCUUCCCAGCGUGGGGGGACCCGGAAAAGAUUGUGACGAUUGAUCCAUUUGGACAUUGUGUGCUGGAAGCGUUUCCCGAGCAUUUUGAAAAAGGAUACGACAUCCGUCCUACGAUUGCAGUCACGAAAGCGCACAUGGACAUGCAAGAGAUCCACGAAGCGGUGCGCGUGGGUCGGCUCAAGCCAGACGGAAAGAUCUUGAAGGACACGAAUCAACUGGUGAUCACCAAGGCCGCGAUCGACCCUGUGUGGUACCUUCCGGGCAUCGCCAAGCGCUUCCACACGACCGAGUCAAACUUGCGCCAGCAAAUCUUUCAGGAAACUAACGGCAUGUACCCCGAACUGGUCACUCGCAACGACCUCAAGAUCUUCCUUCCCCCCAUCGGCGGGUUGACGAUUUACAUCUUUGGCGACUUGGCGGCAAUCACAGACCCGACCAAGCAGUUGGCCGUGCGCGUCCACGACGAGUGCAACGGGUCGGAUGUGUUUGGGUCGGACAUUUGCACGUGUCGCCCGUACCUCACCCAUGCGAUCGAGGUGUGCGUCGAGACGGCGCAGCAAGGCGGGGCUGGCGUGAUUGUGUAUUUUCGCAAGGAAGGGCGGGCGCUGGGCGAAGUGACCAAGUACUUGGUGUACAACCUGCGCAAGCGUCAAGAAGGGGGCGAUUCAGCCGCCGAGUACUUCAACUGCACGCAGGCGGUGGCGGGCAUCCAGGACGUGCGUUUCCAAGCGUUGAUGCCGGACGCGCUGCACUGGCUCGGGAUCACGCGCAUCGACAAGUUUGUGUCGAUGAGCGACAUGAAGUACGACGCUAUCGUCAACAGUGGUAUUGAAAUUGUGGACCGCGUGCCCAUCCCAGAGGACCUCGUGCCCCAAGACGCGCAGGUGGAGAUCACGGCCAAAGUGUUUGCCGGGUACAACGGCGGCUCGGUGUUCAAGAAGCUCGACAAGGACGCGCUCAAGCAAGUCAAGGGCCGCGGCAACGACGAAUACGAGGACGACGAUGACAAUGGCGCGGCUCAGUAGUUUAAUCCCACGAAUACAAGUCGAUAUAUAAACCA